GAUUCAGAUUACCGCAAACAAAAAUGGAGGUGGAGCGAAAUUGAAUAUCCAGUGUUGAAACGGAGGGUAACCAAACUUCCCACUUCCCACUUCAAAUGUCAUAAAAGAACUAGACUAGAGAGUCAAAAUAGAAACAUGGCGGAAGCGGAAGCUGCUAAACUCCCAAUCAUCGACCUCUGCUCAUCCGAUAGCAUAUCCACGGCCAAUUCCAUCCGUCAGGCCUGUGUUGAUUAUGGAUUCUUUUACCUUGUAAAUCAUGGAGUGGAGGAAGAAUUACUCGCUCGAGUUUUUGAAGAGUCUCGGAAAUUCUUCUCUCUCCCUUUAGCUGCUAAGAUGAAUUUGCUUCGCAAGGAAAACAGAGGUUAUGCUCCAUUUUACGCUGAGAAUCUCGAUCCUUCUUCCCGUUCUAAAGGUGACUCAAAGGAAAGCUUCCAUAUUGGUCCUUUAGAAAAGAGUUGCCUCAACCAGUGGCCCUCACAAGAACUUCUCCCAUCUUGGAGACCCACCAUGGAGUCUUACUAUUGCAAAGUUCUAUGCUACCUCAGGUCUGCUGGAAAAAGACUAAUCUCUUUGAUUGCUCUGGCUUUGAACUUGGAUAAAGAUUACUUUGAGAAAAUAGGAGCCUUGGAUAAACCAGAAAGCUUUCUUCGCGUCUUACAUUAUCCAGCAGAAACUUUUGUCAUAUCAGGUGAACUGGGGAAUUCUGAGGAAGAAAUAUUUGGUGCUUCAGCACAUUCAGAUUAUGGAAUGAUCACUCUUCUGGUGACUGACGGCGUGCCCGGACUUCAGGCAUAUGUCUAUUCUACCCCUGUUUGUCGGGAGAAAUUCAAUGAACCACGGACCUGGGAAAAUGUGAUCCAUAGGAAUGGGGCCUUCAUAGUUAACAUUGGGGACAUGAUGGAGAGGUGGACUAAUUGUUUGUUUCGGUCCACACUACACAGAGUGAUGCCAACAGGACAAGAACGCUACUCAUUGGCAUUCUUCUUAGAGCCUAAUGUAGAAUGCAUUGUGCAAUGUUUGGAGAGUUGUUGCAGUGAGUCAAGUCCGCCGAGAUUUGCUCCGAUUCGCAGUGGGGAUUACCUGAAAGAACGAUUUAGGCUUACUUACGGCUCAUAGAAUGGAGGCUGUGCACAAAAACUGCUAGAUGAUCUGAGGAUUCGUAGCUUUGCAUUUUCAGCAAUCUCCAGCUAUCGAGGGAUGCUGAAAUUCUGAAUACUUUUUACUGAAGCAAGUUACAAUAAUUUAAGUUUGCUGGUUAAUAUUAGAAGAAAAAAAAAAAAGAAAAAACAAACCUGUAUCAACUAAUUGCUUCCUUUUUAUUUUUAAUCUUAUUACACCUCACAAACGUCGAUGAGCCUUUACUUCAGUGGUGGAAGAAGCCUCAAAAGGUUGAGUUCGUCAACAGUUACCGGCGAAUUACUAUGUAAUUUCUGUCAGAUGCGAAAAUUUAUUAUUUGUCUCAGUUUUAAAAACUAUUUGACAAUGCUUAGUUGGAAUGUGAUGACAAAAUGAUUGAAGGUAUUUAUUUUUUAUUUUUUCAA